AAUAGCACAUGCUGCCUAGACUUCAUUCUUUCUCUCUUCUCUCUUUCUGCAGCUAAAACUUGCUUUCACUCUGGAUCACGAGACUGGACGGCCUCAAGGAUGUCACAUCUACGAGCACCGCGACAGCAACAAGCUCGUGGAGGAGUUUAUGCUCCUGGCCAACAUGGCAGUGGCCCACAAGACACACCGCACCUUCCCUGAGCGUGCCCUGCUGCGCCGGCACCCCCCACCCCAGACCAAGAUGCUCAAUGACCUCGUGGAAUUCUGCGAACAGAUGGGGCUGCCCAUGGACUUCAGCUCUGCCGGGGCCCUCAAUAAAAGUCUGACCAAAACAUUUGGAGAUGACAAGUACUCACUGGCCCGGAAGGAAGUGCUCACCAACAUGUGCUCCCGGCCCAUGCAGAUGGCCCUGUACUUCUGCUCGGGGGUGCUGCAGGACCAGACGCAGUUCCGGCACUACGCCCUCAAUGUGCCGCUCUACACCCACUUCACCUCUCCCAUCCGCCGCUUCGCCGACGUCCUGGUGCACCGCCUCCUGGCCGCCGCGCUUGGCUACGGGGAGCUGCCCGACCUGGAGUCCGAGGCCCUGCAAAAGCAGGCCGACCACUGCAAUGACCGCCGCAUGGCCUCCAAGCGCGUCCAGGAGCUCAGCACCGGCCUCUUCUUUGCCAUCCUGGUUAAGGAAAGCGGCCCCCUGGAGUCAGAAGCCAUGGUGCUGGGCGUCCUGAACCAAGCCUUCGAUGUGCUGGUCCUGCGCUACGGGGUGCAGAAGCGUGUCUACUGUAAUGUGAGUACCACGGGCCGCCGCGGCCAGGUUAAGGACCUGCGGGCAGGGGUGCCGAGGGCAUCUGCUAUGACGUGAGUGCCGGGACCUCGUGGCUUCUGUCCAGAGCCCUCCCCCACCCCCAGACACACUGGGCCGUGUCCACCGCACUGUCUGUUUUCACCUGCGUGUCCCCCCCAGCCUCUGACGGGGUCCCCUCCGUAUUUGCCUGGCAUCGGGGAGGGGGGCCUGGCCCAGGGACAACCCUUGAUAGACACACAAGCAUGGAGGAUGGGAGCACAGGCUGGGGUCCUUGCUGUCCUCACCUGCCCGGGAGAAUACAAGCCGUGGUGGUGACGUUGGCCAUGUGGUGGCAGAGGGCGUGCCAUCCCUGACCUGGCUUCCCUCUGCCACCCAGCACCAAGCCCACCUGAUGGGCCAUGCCGGGACACCCCGCUGCACCUGCCUGGGAUGAGGGAUCCGGGCCAAGAGUCAGGCUCGAGAGAACGGGCCCCUCCCUCACCAGUGCAGGAUGGCAGAGCUUGCAAGCCUUGGGGGAUUUCUUCAUGGGAAUGUGGAGGAAGGAAAGAGCAGGGAGUGGUCCGUGGCCACUCUGGAAGCUGUGUCCCCUGAAGAGAAGGAAGAGACCAGUCCUUGCCUUGGGUCCUGCCCUGCCUGUGUGGCUGUUUAUUCAAGGUUCUUUCCGACGGUAUUUGGUUCCUGUGCUUGUCAUCUGAGGGACCUAUUUCAGCUGACCUUGCGGUUAGCAGUUCACCCCCUGGCCCCUGACCCUGGCUUUGAAUUUCCUGACAUCCAGAACCCUUGGGGGAAUGCAGAGCCCCGCACACAGAGUGGAAUAAGCAUGGAGUUAACACAGUAAAGCAGAAGAGACAGAAUGGAGUCCAGCUGGGGUCCGUCAGGGCUCCGGUCCUGAAGUUCACUGAGCAGGACAAAAGUUCAAGUGUCGGUCAUCAGACAGGUCUAGGUGUGCAGACGAGCCGGCCCUCAGCCUGUGCCUGCAGGGGUCGGCACCCCUCUAGCCUUAGGCGCCCGGUCCACCUCGGGCCUCAAGUAGACAGUCCCUGAUGAGCCCCUGCCGCUCAGCACUCGGUCACCCUCAGAUACGGCCUCAACGGAAGCUGGCCAGAGGCUAGAGGCAAGGGUGGGGUGGUCCCUAAUCAGAGGUCGACAGCCCGCUGCUGGGCACGGGGUCAGGGAGCUCUUUCAAGGCCAGUCAGAGGCGGGCAAA